AAAGUAAGGGAUACCCUCCUCCCUCUUAUCAAAAGAAGCGAUUUAAAGUAGGAAAAAAAAUUUUAAAUACUUCUCAAUACUUUUGAAUACUUUGAAUACUUUCAAAUCGCCCUUUUUAUGGGAAUUUAACAUUUCAAAUCGUUUUAAAUCACUUUUUUUAAUAAGGGCCAUAAGUGCGAACAUUUUUUAUGAAUGGACUCUAAUAUUUUUUUUUUUUUCCAGUAAAAUGUCAAAUUUUAAUAAUAAUCAAAAAUAAACUUUUUAGUUAACAAACGCAUUGUUGAUGUUGCGCAUUCAGCAAAGAGAAUCAAACAAUAGUCCUGUCUGAAGAACCCACUAGAUCCUGAUAAUAAUAAUAGUUAUUUUUCUGCUGAAUGUAGACGUGAUCAUGACAGUUUAUAUAUAUUUGAUAAGUUAAAUAGAUGAAUUUAAAAAAAAAUAAUUAUUGAAUAAUAAGACAAUAUAAUUAUUGAACAUUCGACCCGGAUGUCCGUUCUUAAUCGCCGAGCUUUAAUUGGAAACGAGAUAUACACUCAUAGCAAAUCAAUUAUCCUCACUGAUUCUUGCAUAUUACUCAGUUUUAAAAGAAUGCAACCAUCACGUCAAUUGUUCAGUACUACGCCGACAGAUAACUUUUUUUUAUUUUCAUUUUUGUCGCAAGGUCAUAUUUAUUAUAUUUAUUACAUCACGUGCCUAAAAAUAAAUAAAUAAAUAAAUAAGUGCUGGCGAUGAUGUUUACUUUUAUCGAAGGUAAAUCUUCUGAAGGGAGUCGCAGGCGGGAACAAUAGAACACGUUCUCCAUAUAAUAGCUUCUUUGCGUACUUGCUGGUACUUGUUGUUUAUAUAUAUUACAAAACAGUGUGUAAUAAAAAUGAGUAUCAUCACGACACCCUCGCAAGUCCCUAGCAAGUGCCAGGAACACGCACUCACCCUUAUUGACUCCUAUGCUGUUGGUCAGUGUUUAAAUUUUUGUAAAUUAUUUUUAUAUUCAAAUGAAGAUUGUAAAAUGUAAUUGCGCUUUGAAACUCAAAUGUAACCAAUUCAAAUGUCAAUUAUAAAAGAUUUAUUUACGAUAGUUGUAACGUAUAAUCCACACUCAAUAUUCGGAGAAUAAUAUUUUUAUUUUUGAAAAAAGUAUUAAACAUUGGGACAUUGACUCUCUUUUGCAGUAUGUACUUACAGCUUUACUCUGUUCCCGCUCUUGGAAUUCUAUUAACGCGUUCAAUUGCUUAUCCUAUGCGAUCAAACUCGCUGCAUUCCGUAUGUAUAAAUAUUUAUUCCCCGUCAUUAUUAUCUUAUACCGUUUAUAUAUUUUUUUUAUUUUAGAAAUAUAUGAACACGUCAUAUUCAUAAAUGAUUUCAUAAUUUAAUUCCCGUAUUAUCUGAUCUGUUGAUUGUAAAAAUGAAUCCUCAGGAGAUAGACAGGCGAGACUGACAAUGAAUGAGCAGGUCUACGGUGAAAAUAAUUUAUUUAAAAUAAUAAUUAUAGCUGAUGUAUGUUAUGCUGAUAUGAGGGAGGUUGAACAAGUGUGACUCUCUUUAUUCCUACUACUCUAGGAGUAAAUAUAAAGUAGUAUCGAAAUAAUGAUCACGACACGCUCCAUGCCCCCUUCCACUAUGGCGCCUUGGUGAUUCUUUCUCGCGAAUGCAAGAAUAACACACACGUCCAGGAGAAGCAAGUCUUUAUAAGUAGAAGCCAUCCAAGUCCCCGGGACUUACUCCCUGUCAGGACGUGCCACGAUCAGACUGAUUUGCAGAAUAGACCCCAACAACGCUGAUUUUAUCUUAUUUUACUUUAAUCUGCUCAUUCAGCUCCUGCUAAACGUGUCUUUGCGAAAAAUAAAUAUAAUAUUUUAAGUAAAAAAAGUACUUAAAUUAAAUCUAAGUCAAUCAACGGGUAGUUGGUAAAAUAAAAACUAUUAAUUAACUAGUUUUUAAAAGUAAAUCUUUCUGAAAAAACGGAAAGAUCUGGUGGUUUAAGUAUUUGCUCGAUGGUGUCAAGUACAAGGACAACGUUCGGUUUAUCAUGAUCACGCAAGGACGACAGCAUAAAAAGACAAUUGUCUUGAGGCCACAACAGCCGAUUUGGUGCUGGAAGACGGCGUUAUUUCUAGCCUCGCUGAUUUACGGAGGAGAUUAUGUCGCUGGACAGGGAAAUAAUUUCAAAUGCCGUGAGGAGGGUUAUCAAGCUGAUCCACGAGAUUGUCAUAUUUACUAUAGAUGCGUAAGCUGGGGUGGCUCUGGUCCACUGACGACUUUUAGAUUUGAAUGCGGUCCUGGUACUGUAUUUUCUCAUUCCAAAGGUGACAUUUGUGUUCAUCCGAGAGACAGCGAAAGAUCUGAAUGCAGUGACAUGGGAAACGAUAUAAAUUCUGUUUAUGAACCGCAGCAGCAUCAUGACUCACCGUCUUAUCCGUGGGCUGGUCAAUCUCCGUCAUCAAACCGUCCACAUCAUUCGACGUCUAGUUCAUCGAGACCACAACAUUAUCCUGGAACUUCUUCAACGGCAUCGCGACCUCAACAUCAUCCGCAGCAUUAUCCUUCGGGUUCAUCAACACCAACACGACCUCAACAUCGUCCACAACACCCUUCUAGUUCCUCAACACCAUCACGCCCGCAACAUCGUCCGCAGCAGCCUUCAACUCCAUCACGGCCGCAACAUCGUCCGCAAUAUCCUUCAACACCAGCGCGCCCACAGUAUUUACCGCCUCCAACAGAAUCGCCGGAUUCAAAUGAAGUGAACCCUGAAGUUCCUAUGCCAAUCAGACCUGGUGAUUCAAACCAUCGACCGACUACUGCAGGUGGCGGAAGGUCGCAGUGUCAAGGGGAGGGAUUUAUGGCUCAUCCGAAGGACUGCAAAAAGUUUGUCAGAUGUGUUAAUGAUGGAUUCGGAUCGUACACGACGUAUGAAUUUAGCUGCGGUGAGGGAACUGUUUGGGACUCGGCGAUCGAAGGCUGUAAUCAUGCUUGGGCGGUGAAAAGUAGUUGUGAAGGAUCAAGUAGUCAAGGAUCGGGUCCGGGUGAUGACAAUAGUCAAUAUCCAAGUGGUAAUUCAGAAUCUGAUCAUUCUAGUCAGGGUCCUAGUUCUAAUUAUCCUAGUCAAGGGCCUGAUAAUCAAAAUAAAGAACCCGAGCAACCAGGUCAAGAUUCCAGCUCUCCUGAUCAAGAUAGUGAUAAUCCAAAUGAAGGAUUUGAAUCACCGGAUCAAGAUUCAGGUGCUGCUGGCCAAGAACCCGAUGGUCCAAGUCAAGACCCUGGAUAUCAAGGUCAAGACUCAAGCUCUCCUGAUCAAGAGUCUGAUAAUCAAAAUAAAGAACCCAAACAACCUGAUGAAGAUUCAGCUUUUCCUGACCAACGACCAUCUUCACCCUAUCCUUUAUAUCCUCCAGGACCCAAACCAUCAUCAUCAUCACCAACAACUCCAUCACCCCCAGCAGCAUCUACAGUCAGACAACCACUGAGACCACGACCACCCAGCACAGAUGCCAGUCCUACCCAACCAGAACUCCCAGAAGCAGAAGCUCCCAAGCCCUCAGAAACUCCCAGCAAACCAGGAUCUGGAUCCGGUUCUUGUAAUGAAGAAGGAUUUUUCCCAGACCCACAAGAUUGCCAUAAAUUCUUCCGAUGUGUCAAAGCCGACUCAUCAUUUACUAAGUAUGAAUUCGAGUGCGGCGAAGGCACAGCUUGGGAUCAAAGUAUCCAGACAUGUAAUUACGAGUAUGCAGUCUCCGAGUGCGGUAAAAAUGCUGGCAGUCCGAGUGGUCAGACGACACCCUCCAGUGAUGAAAGCCAAACAAGUUCUAAAGAACCUGAUAAGGAUCAGAGUUCGUCUCCACCACCUGUCGAAUCAUCUACAGAAGAAGAAAAGCAAACUUCCGCUCCAAGUUCAACAGACUCCAGUGAUAACGGUGAUGCUGAUCCCAACAUAACUCCUAGCACUAGUACAAGUACUAGUCCUAGUGCAAGUUCUACUCCCGAUAAUACAGAAACCUCACUCAGCACAAGUACUGAAGAACCAAGUUCACCAACAGAACCUAGUGUCUCUUCAACUGAGCCCGACACUUCAGAUCCAUCAUCAUCAUCAACUUCUCCAACUAGCAAAGAGCCCACUACCGAACCAUCGACAGCUGAUUUAACACCAACAACUGCACAAGACACGCCUUCAACAUCAACAUCUGCAAGCACUUCUUCCAAACCAAGUGGAGCUGGAAUGUCCAGCUGUCAAGAGGAAGGAUUUUUCCCUAACCCUUCAGACUGUCGUAAAUUCUAUCGAUGUGUCAAGGGCGAUAAUGGGUACAUAAAAUACGACUUUGACUGCGCCCCAGGCACUGCGUGGGAGCAAUCGCUUUUAACAUGUAAUUACAUUCAUUUAGUUGCGUCCUGCGGCUCUGAAGCGAAUCAAGUAUCAAGUCCAGAGGAAGAUGGUAAUAAAGAUCAAGAUAAAGAUAAACCAGCUAGUGAAUCAACAGAAAAACCUAAAGAUGAAACCAGUGAUCCAAGUUCUACAACUGAGUCUAGUCCCGAUUCAUCAACAGAAAGCGACAGUAAACCCACUGGAGCAUCACCACCAACUCCUUCAGGUGAUUCAUCAAACCCAAAUAAAGGAAUUGUUUGUAACAGUGCUGGAUUUUAUGGGCAUCCAACAAAAUGUGAUAAAUUUUACCGUUGCGUCGACAAUGGCAACGGUUUCAAUGUUUAUCACUUCGAUUGUCCCCCAGGAACUAUUUACGACCCAAGUCUCAGUCUCUGUAAUUAUCCCGAGUCAGUUUAUCCAGCACGUGAUUGUUCUGGUCAAUCGCCCGCAGCGUCACCGAGUCCAAGCUCAAGUACAAACAGUUCCCAAGAGCCCCCGACUACUCCAGCGAGCGGAGAGACAACCGGAACCACAGAGAGUCCUUCAGAGUCAACGACCGGCACUGGAUCAGAGGAAACGACAACCAGUCCAGCGGAGUCUAGCACCACAACUCCCGGCGGGUCAACCGAGUCUCCAGACGCCGAAGGAACUACGACAAAUGCCCCAGCAGAAAGUACGGAAGGAGUAACGGGAUCGGAAAUGACAACAGAAGGAUCUCAAGAUCAGACUACCGUAGCAGGUUCUACUCCAGGAAUUACUGAAUCACCUGAGCAAACAACUGCGAUGGAGAUGGCCACGGAAAGUGGGGAAGAAACGACAACACCAGCAGCAACAGAAGAAACUACUGAGCCUGAGAGUACAACACCUGCUAAAACAGACGUUGAGACAGGAUUUGUUGCUCCUUGUCCCAUUGUUGGAAACUUAACUGAUGAACAAAUUGUUCUUGUAUGUCCUACCGGGUUCCGCAGACAUCCCAAGUACUGUAACAUGUUCUACCAGUGUACUUCUGAAGGCAAUAUGGAGAUAAAGAUCUUGGUUCUCGCUUGUCCGGACAAAACUAUCUUCGAUGAAAAACAAAUACAGUGCGUACCAGAGAGUGAAAGUUCACAAGUCUGUAACACAGAAAUGGCUUCUGCUAGACUUUAUCGACAACUCGAGCAAUCUCCUACAUCGCCCAUAAAAGUUAAACGGGAAAGUUUGUGCCCCGACGAAGGCCACUAUCCAUUCGAACAAGGCUGCAGUAACGCGUUCUACAAAUGUAAAAAGGACUCAAAAAAAUCAUUACAGGGUUAUCUGUACAAGUGUCCGAAAGAUUUCGUAUAUUGGUCAGUAUCCAGAAGGUGCGAACGAAAGAGCAGACUGUCCACGUGCUCAAACAUCAAAAACGAAGACAGCCAGCGGAUAACUUCCGUGGAAAAUCGAUGGGAGCUACCUAUCGAAGACCACAAUCUCUCCGCACGAAUGCUUCUCAUUUAAACGAAAAAAUUAAGAUUUUAUUUUUAAUAAUUUCCUAUUUCAUUUUUAUCAUCACGAAUUCAUCUCGAUAAAUUUAACUUGAGUAAAUUUAUUUAUAAAUAUAAAUAUUUAAUAAUUGAAUCUCCGUACGAUUUUAUUCCCAAGUCAUUUUAUUAUUAAUAACUUGUGAUAAAAAUCGUACGUGACAUUCGGGAAUAAUUUGGUUGGGGUUUUUUUUUUUAAUUUAAUAUGAAGUGGUAAUUUAUUGCAAUGACAUACAUUAUUGUUCUUGUAUUCGAGCGUUCUGAUGAAAGAUUAAAUCAAAAUAAUAAUAAUCAAACUUGUAUAUAAUUAUGCGUUAUCUUGAAAAUAAAAAUUUUAUAAUUUUUAUUUUAAAAUAAUAGCCAAGGUAGAAAAUAUUAAAUUUUAUAUCGAAGGAUUUUCUAUAGAUGGAUUUAAUAUUGAAUGGGGGAGGUAAUGCCGUCCUUGAGGAGGACAGUGAUAUCGUUCUAUGGAUGUCUAAUUAUAAAUAUAUACAUAUAUAUGAUAUGACAACCGCAAUAUAUCAUUGAACUGAUCUCGAUGGCUAUCAUAUCUCUAUCUCUAUCUUAUUCGCAAAUCAUUUAUUCAAACAUGGUAAAUUUAAAUAGACAAAUAAAA